GGUCAGUUAUUGAAUCGGAGCAACACCAGCAUUUAUUCGUUUAUUUGUUUCUUCCACCACCUCCUCCUCCUCCCCACUCCUCCCCACUCCUCCUCGCUUUUCCCUUCUAUUUUCUUCAUCGGUAUCAAUCCAUACUACCUACAUCCAUAGUCGUCUUUCCAUUGUUGAAGGAACCUACAACCUGCUCUGUGUCUUCGGAGCAGCCAUGAAAGUGUUCCAAAUCAACGACAGCACCCUAACUCUCGCUCUCUUCACAGACGUCACCAAUUCCAAGGAACUUCUUGAUUCUAUGCAAGCUGGAACUUUGGAACCGGAAGUUGCAUUUCUCAAUGCUUCACUUAUUCCAGAUGUUUUUCCAGUACUUGCGGCUGCUCAUAAGACACUUGUUUCUAAGUCAAGAGGUUCUCUGACCACCCGCACCCUUCAUUCAGAACUUGUGUACAAUUAUUCGGGUUCAAAGCAUAUUACAGAGUCUUUAAGAAGAUGCGGAAUUUCAGAUAGCUCCUCCUAUGUUCUUGCGGCUUGUUUUAAUACUUCUCCUGAUGAGGUGAAGGCCAUUGAGAAACUCGUACAUGGUAAAGAGAUCAACCUAGAGGAAUUGGGAGAGAGAGCAGACCAAGCUCAGAUACAAAAGCAUUUUAAAAUCACUGGACCAGAGUUGACGCUAUCUUCAGUUGGAGAUGCUAUAACAUGUAGGAUCGCUGCGCGGGAUGCAUUGUAGCUCCAAAAGUUGCAAUAACUUCUAUAUUUGGAGUCCUCUUUACGCGAUUGUGUUAAAUUGUUUGUAGAAUCACUUUAAGGUUGGUGAUGUCGUUUCAAUAUUUAUAGAAUUUUUAAAUUAUUAAGCUGUGGAUCUUUGAUGGGAAUUGAUCAAUUUACAAUUAGGUUGAUGUCUAAAUUUUUUUUUUAUAGAAUGUUCAAAUAAUUAUGCCGUUGAUGUUCAGUGGAAAUUAAUGAAUCUACCGGCUCUUGUUGGGUCGUUGAUUUC